AGAGUGUCGAAAGUGAUCUGCAACAGUUAACCGACAACCAUGGAGUGGAAACCAAUGGAAAUCAACCCCGAGAUGCUGAAUAAGGUGCUGAGUAAGUUGGGUGUAGGCUCAACAUGGCAGUUCGUGGAUGUUCUAGGUCUGGAGCAAGAGGCUCUGAAAGCCGUGCCCGCACCCUGCUGCGCCAUGAUGCUGCUUUUCCCGCUGACGCAACAGCAUGAAGCUUUCAGGGCGGGGCAGAAGGGUCAGCAGGACUCCCAGGUUUACUUCCUCAAACAGACCAUCACCAACUCCUGUGGAACUGUUGGAUUGAUACACGCUAUUGGCAACAGUCAAGACAAAAUAGAAUUUGACAGUGGCUCUGCCUUAAAGAAGUUUCUGGAAACCACAGCAACCAUGUCUGCAGAUGACCGUGCCAAACAGCUGGAGGAAAACCAGGCCAUACAUGGCACUCAUGAUGAAGUUGCUGUAGAGGGGCAAUGUCGGCCAGAGGCAGACAAAGUCAACUUCCAUUUUAUCACUUUUGUGAAUGUGAAGGGCCAUCUGUUUGAACUGGAUGGAAGGAUGGACGGACCAGUGAACCAUGGAGCAACCAAGGACGACACCUUCAUCAUGGACGCGGCGAAGGUGUGUCGUGAGUUUAUGGAGAGAGAAAAGGGGGAGAUGCGGUUCUCCGCCGUGGCUCUGUGCAAGGCCUAA